AUGCCAUCAGCAGUUGGAGAUCCCGCUAACUACAUGCCCCCAGAUGGAGGCUGGGGAUGGAUGGUGGUAGUUGGAGCUUUCAUUUCCGUUGGCUUCUCUUGUGCCUUUGGCAAAUCUGUUACAAUAUUUUACAAAGAAAUUCAAGAUAUAUUCCAUGCCAGCAGCAGCGAAGUGUCAUGGAUUUCCUCCAUCAUGUUUGCUGUCAUGUAUGCUGGAGGUCCUAUCAGCAGUAUCCUGGUGAAUAAAUACGGCUGUCGCCCAGUUAUAAUAGCUGGUGGCUUCUUGUCAGGCUGUGGCUUGAUUGCAGCAUCUUUCUGUAAUACUGUACAGGAGCUUUACUUAUGUGUCGGAGUCAUUGGAGGUCUUGGACUUGCUUUCAACUUGAAUCCAUCUCUGACCAUGAUUGGCAAGUAUUUCUACAAGAAGAGACCACUGGCAAGUGGACUGGUCAUGGCUGGCAGCCCGGUAUUCCUCUCUACCCUCGCGCCCCUCAACCAGGUUUUAUUUGAUAUUUUUGGCUGGAGAGGGAGCUUCCUGAUUCUUGGCGGCUUAUUGUUAAACUGCUGUGUAGCUGGAGCUCUCAUGCGUCCAAUUGGGCCCAAAUCAGUCCAAGUAGGGAAAUUGGGGUCCAAAGAACCUCUUCAGAAGGCUGAAAAAUCUGAGACAAAAAAAGGGACAGGUGAUGCAAACACAGACAUUACUGGGAAAAAACCCAAGGCAGAGAAACAAUCAUUCUUCCAAAUCAUUAAUAAAUUCCUGGACUUUUCCCUGUUCAAGCACAGAGGAUUUUCCCUCUAUCUCUCUGGAAAUGUGAUCAUGGCUUUUGGACUGAGUACACCUCUGGUCUUUCUCAGUAAUUAUGGGAAGAGCAAACAUUUCUCCAGUGAGAAGGCUGCCUUCCUUCUUUCCAUCCUGGCUUUUGUCGACAUGGUAGCCAGACCUUCUAUGGGACUAGUCGCCAACACAAAGUGGAUCAGACCUCGAAUCCAGUAUUUCUUUGCUGCUUCUAUUGUUGCAAACGGAGCGUGUCAUAUGCUGGCACCUUUAUGCUCGACAUAUGUUGAGUUUUGUGUCUACGUUGGAUUCCUUGGACUUGCAUUUGGAUGGUUCAGCUCGGUACUCUUUGAAACACUGAUGGACCUCAUGGGACCCCAGAGGUUCUCCAGCGCCAUGGGAAUGGUGACGAUUGUGGAAUGCUGCCCUGUGCUCUUGGGGCCACCGGUAUUAGGUCGUCUCAAUGACAUAUAUGGAGACUACAAAUAUACAUACUGGGCAUCUGGCAUCAUUUUAAUUAUCGCAGGCCUCUAUCUCUUCAUUGGCAUGGGAAUCAACUACCGACUUACAGAGAAGGAACAGAAAGCAGAGAAGACGAUGGAAGAUGAAAAGCAGGAGCCAAUAAAAGUUGCUCUAACAGAGGAAUCUACAGUCACAGGAGGCCCAAAAGAGAACUGCCUCGUCUGA